AUGGCUAGUGAGGAUGCGCGCACGCCCCUCGAGGUGGCGCCAGUGAGCGGAGCUGGGGCGAGCGGGGCAGCGAGCGCAGCGGGCAGCGGAGCGGGCGGCGGAGCGGCGAGCGGAGCGGGUAGCGGUGCGGGCGGCGGGGCGGCCGAGCGGACCCCCUGCGCCUGCGCCGCAUGGCCCCCGCCGCGCCGCCAGCCCGCCCCCCACGAGAUCCUUCGUCCGAAGCCCAGGAGCAAAGAUACUAAAAUAUUUAGGCUUAUGCCACCAAUAGGCACUUGCAUGAUAGAUACCUUCUUCUGUGGUAGAGUCACGCAGAAGCGG